AUGGACCGAGUACAAAUUCAAAACACAUCACUUCCUCAUUGUACAAUUUUUGGAAUUUUUAACCAAGCAACAUCUUCCAAUUUAACAAAUAAUAAUGGUGCUAUAGACCUUACAUUAGGUGAUAUUACUGGUAAUCGUAUUAUAACUCGUAAUAAUUUUGGAAGAGUACAAAAUGAUGCUCAAAUUUUUCAUCAAUAUAUUCCACGAAGUCCAAUUGAAUGCAUAACACUUACUGAUGAAGACAGUGAUAAUAACACGAUGCAUCAACAUUUUAAUCAAUCUGCUCCAACUACUGGUCAAUCAAUUCAAUCUACUGGUCAAUCUUUGCAAUAUAUUCAAUCUCCAAAUCCAUCUGUUCAACCUGCUGGUCAAUCUUUGGAAUAUAUUCAGCAUAAUCAAGCACGGGUUAAUUUUACACAUCUAGAACCUACUUAUUUUCCACGCUUGACUUCACCAACUACUACACCAAUAACUUUAGGAGAACGGAGACCAAUUAUUAUUGAUGGCUUAAAUAUUGGUUAUGCUCAUGGAUGUAAUAAGAAAUUUUCUGCAAGAGGCAUUUAUUUGUGCGUACAGUAUUUUCUUAAACUUGGAUUUAAAACUAUAAGAACUUUGUUACCACAUCAUCGGAAGGGAGCACCUGGAUCAGAAACUAACUCGGAAAUUAAUUGGUUACUAGAAGCUGGUUAUAUUUUUUUUACACCCAGUAGAAAAAUUCAAAACCUCCGUCUAACAUGCUACAGUGAUCGUAUUAUACUUGAUCAUGCUUACAACUGUGGUGGAGUAGUUGUAUCAAAUGAUAACUUUAGAGAUCUGUAUGAAGAAAGUGAAAAGUAUAAAGAAGUCAUCGAAAACAGGCAUAUAAUGAUCAUGUUUAUCAAUGAUGAAAUUAUUGUUCCAUCUGAUCAGUACAGUCGUCGAUAUCCACAUUUGUAUCUUUCAAAAAUCUUGCAUUUUCCUUCUUAA